AUGGCCCUCAGCGCGCUGCUCGCCACGCUCCUCUGCACCGUCGUGCUGCCGCUCCUGCUCUUCCUGGUGGCCGUGAAGCUGUGGGAGGUUUACCUGGCGCGAGGCGCGGACCCGAGCUGCGCCAGCCCGCUGCCCCCCGGCUCCAUGGGGCUGCCCUUCAUCGGAGAGACGCUGCAGCUCCUCCUGCAGAGGAGGAAGUUUCUGCGCAUGAAGAGGCAGAAGUACGGCUACAUCUACCGCACGCACCUCUUCGGGAGCCCCACGGUGCGCGUCACCGGCGCUGAUAACGUCAGGCAGAUCCUGCUGGGGGAGCACAGGCUCGUGUCUGCGCAGUGGCCCGCCUCUGUGCGCACCAUCCUGGGCUCGGACACGCUCUCCAACAUGCACGGAUCCCAGCACAGGACGAAGAAAAAGGCCAUCAUGCGGGCCUUCUCCAGGGAGGCUCUGGAGCUCUACAUCCCCGUCAUCCAGGAGGAAGUUCAGGCGGCGGUGAAGUCGUGGCUGGCCCGGGACUCGUGCGUGCUGGUGUACCCAGAGAUGAAGCGGCUGAUGUUCCGCAUCGCCAUGAGGAUCCUCCUGGGGUUUGAGCCGGAGCAGAUCAGGACGGACGAGCAGCAGCUGGUGGAAGCAUUUGAAGAAAUGAUCAAGAACCUGUUCUCUCUCCCCAUUGAUGUGCCCUUCAGUGGACUGUACCGAGGUCUGCGAGCCAGGAACUUCAUCCACUCCAAGAUUGAAGAGAACAUAAAGAAUAAGGUGCAGGAGUCUGAAAAAGGUUCAAAGCACAGAGACGCGCUGCAGCAGCUCAUCGACAGCAGCAAGAAGAGCGGCGAGCCCUUCAGGAUGCAGGGAAUCAAGGAGUCUGCCACAGAGCUCCUGUUCGGAGGCCAUGAAACCACGGCCAGCACAGCCACCUCACUGGUCAUGUUCCUCGGCCUGAACCCCGGAGCAGUGGAUCGACUCAGGCAGGAGCUGAGGGACAAGGUGGAGCUGGGCAUGGACCUCCAGAAUCUAAACAUGGAGUCGUUGGAGCGGUUGAAGUACGCGGGCUGUGCCAUCAAAGAAACGCUGAGGAUCAACCCCCCCGUGCCUGGAGGCUUCAGAGUCGCUCUGAGGACCUUUCAGCUCAAUGGCUUCCAGAUUCCCAAAGGCUGGAACGUCAUCUACAGCAUCUGCGACACCCACGACGUGGCCGACAUUUUCCCAAACAAGGAGGACUUCCGGCCGGAGCGCUUCAUGGACAAAUCCUUCGUAGACUCCUCUCGCUUUCAGUACAUCCCCUUCGGGGGGGGCUCCAGGAUGUGUGUGGGAAAAGAAUUUGCCAAAGUUCUGCUGAAGAUUGUCCUGGUUGAACUGGUGUCCAGAUGUCACUGGACUCUAUUGAAUGGUCCCCCCACCAUGAAAACGGGACCCACUGUGUAUCCUGUGGACAACCUUCCUACCAAGUUCACCAGCUAUCUGCCAAAAUGA